GGGGGCGUUAUUUCCCCACCGAUUGUGACAUCACAAACGAGUGACGGCGCCGCCCCUUGUGAAAUGACCAAUGGUCAGCAAGCUGGCGUUCGAGGAGGCGGAGCCGCCGGGAGACCGCAGCCUUUGCCCACGGCUCCGAGAGCGAAAGGAUGGAACAGCUGACGAUGGAUUUGGAUGCAGAGUGGACCGAGAGGGAGUUCCAGCAGGUGGUCAACGCUAUUGGAGGCAGGGAGAGCAUCUUCCUGAUCGGGGAGGUGUGCGAUAGCAGGGACCUGAUGUUUCAGUUUGUAAAUAACAUGUUUCCACGACCGGGGAAAGUUUGCAGUAGAAUUUCGGACACGGAAAGCAACCAGCAAAUGAUGGCACCGCAAUGCAAGGAGCCCAAGUCUGAGUCUGACAACGAGCGGGAGUUUGAAAACUUAAUUGAUUCUUCUAAGGUGACGCACAUUGUUAAUGGGAGUAAGGAUCAGAGGCGCAUCAAAGCUCGGUUAAUUCUCUUCCUCUUCCAUCAAGAUUUCAUCUGCGACAAGCAGAACGAUCUCGUGAUCCGAGAACUCCUGAAGGACGUCCGGCAAAGGUCCAGUUCCUGGGAAGAUCUGCCCGCUCUCAUCGGGGUGGUGCAUGCUGACGCUGUCAGCGGGGAGCUGAACAUCGCUGUCCGCCUCAUAGAGUAUUACCUGCGGACAGUCUUCCACCGGCACCCUGAUGUAAAGAAAAGAAGGCAGACAUGUUUUCCUGGAUUGUUUUGCUUCUCGGGGAAUACCAGAAGACGUAGAGAAGACAGGGACGUUAAUAACAUUCGGAAUAGUAUAGAACAAGAAGGUAUAUCGAAGGAUGCUGAGAAUAAUGUUGCUUCACAGCAAUUGACAGUGGGCCCAAGCAUGGUUGAUGUUUGUAAAAGUGACCUGCAGAUUGAGUCCAAUGGAAAUAACGAACUAAAUAUUGAAACUGAAGUUUAAAUAAUUUACCUUUUUCUACAUCUGCACAUUUAUUACAAAGUACUAGAACCUGCUGAGAAAAGCAAAUUAAAUAGCUGUUUUUCCACAAGAUAUUUUCCAAUUUCUCAUUGGAUUAGUUGGGAAGAGUUGUUAUUUCAAAAUGAUGUCAAAUAUAUAACGAAUGUUUAGAUUAUGUGGUUAACUAACAACCAUGUAUUGGUUGAUGAUAUGUGCAUUCAUUUUUUAGAUGUGUCUUUCAUUAAAAUCCAGUUACCAAUUGUGAUAAUAGAUAAAGAGUCCAAAAUUAAUCUAGCCUACCAUUGGAUUAACUUUUGUUGACAGUAACAAAAGGCUGUCUUUCUGCCCGGCAGAUUUUGGCCAGAUUUACAAAAAUAUGCAAAACUGUAAGAGGUCUGCCUGGAACCAUUUGAAAUCUCUUCCUCUCUUGUCAUCCAUAAAUUUUGCCAACAAUAAUGCACCUGAAUGAAAAUCCAUCCAAUAAAGACCACACAGAUAUUUAAUAUAUCAUUAGGGUAAAGCCAUAAUUUUGUAAUACUAUUUUAAUAUUUAAAAAAAAACAAGUUUCGUGUGCAUCAGCAAACUUUUACUAACUAGUCUGCUGUUAAUGUAUAUUUUUAUAUAAAAUUAGCUUGUUCCUGUUAAUUGUUUAUUCACAAAGAACAGAAUAUAGCAUCUUUUUAGAAUAAUUUUAAUAGAAGGGUUUUGAAAGAGUACAUAACUACCUGUUGUAAAGUUGAUGCACAUGAUUAAGAUUAAAAAUUUGAGAAUUGCUAAACCAAUAUAAAAUUACAGUUGUAAUUGUGGGGUCAAUGUUAAACAAAUAUGUAAAAGUGAUUGGUUUGUGAACAAAACAGAAAUGGGCUCCCUUGAAUUAUAAUCAAGGCAGCAAGAUUUUUAACAAUUUCUUUGCUCUACUAGAGAUGCAUAGAGGACCUACUUUAACUUUUGUUGGACAAAAUUCUGGGCAAAGUCCAGAGCAUUUUUGUUUUUGAGAAUGGUGAAUGAGACACAAACAUCAUUGCAGAGGUCUGGUUCAACAUUGUCAGCUACUCCAAACAUAAAAUGAGCCACACAGAACAAUGUAAUUUUUGGAAGAAAAUCACCAUGAGUUGAGGUGAAGCACUGCACUACUGAAAAUAUUUAUUUGGGACCAUAUUUUAAAAAUAAUGCUUCAUUCAAAGGGGUUGUUAGAUGUUUAUAAAAUAUAAAAUCUUCAGCUGAUUAUAUACAGGAAGUCCCUGGGUUAUGAACGAGUUCCAUUUUUGAGACUGUUCGUAACCAGAUUUUUGUAUGUAACUCAGAACAGUGUCCGCGCAUGCGCACUUGGCCUGGGGAUUGCAGCCACACAUGGCCCCGGUUGCACAUGCGCACUUGGCCCGGGGUUGGGCCAAAGAAGGUGUACCGCCACCAUGCUAGGAUUGGGGGUCUGGCCCGCUUACAAACCGAAGGUCGUUAAGACCACGAAGGUCAGUUCGUAUGUACAGGUGUUUGUAAGUUGGGGACUUCCUGUACAACAUAUCAAUCCCUAUGGCAUUUAUGAUUGCUUACUCAUUACCAGUUUGGGCUAAAAGACUUGAAGUUGAACUCCAAAUGUUAAAGUUUAUUUGCAUCUUAACCCUUUGGUAAAUUUAGAUUGCGCAGUUUACUGUCUUGCCGGCUCCCUUCAAAUCUAUCCAGUUUAGGUAAUUUAAAUUUUAAAAAGUCAAUAAAAGGAUGGGUAAUUUUCAACUGCUUCAACAGUAGAGAUUAUUUGAUAAUUUUUUUUUAAAAAAAGAACCAUUUUCUGUAGAUAAACCCAGGCACUUUAAUACUGAUGCCAAGAUAUUGGAAGUUAAUUUAUCACUCCCCAGUAAGUGAAGCCAUUAAUACAUUUUGAGCCAUAUAAAGGAAGCCAUGAUUUUUCUUUUUCUAGGUGGAUUACAGGGAUGAUUUAUUUUGAUGAUGGGUGUGGUUUGUUUUUCCACGUAUAGAAAUAUUUACUAAAAAUCUCUUUCAAUCCAAUUACAUUUCAGAGGUUUUGAAUUUCUGCAUAAUGUGUAAUUUGUCUAAAAGCUUAUGUCCACAAUAGGAAUACAAAUGUUUUACAUUAUUCAAAUACAAAACAGUACUUCAGAUUGAAUUAGGAUGUUCAAGAAUGUUUUAAACUAUCUUUUACUCUCAACAAUGCCCUUCAUUGGAAAAGGAUAGAUUUCAGCAAUGAAAUCUAUGCAUGUACUGUAAUAAUAUGCAUACAUGGAUCACAAAAUAAAUGAGCUACAUAGA